UCCAGGGAAAGUUUAUWUAAAUUUCCACCUUACAUAGUGCAAUUGGCCUAGUGAAAUGGUUGUCGACCAUCUAUCAGUUUCAGUUAUUUCAUAUAUUUUUUUAUCAAAUAGAGAGAGAGUCGCAAGGAAUGGCUAGUGAGGAACUCAAGUCUCCUGACACGAUAUCACCCGACAAACCCUCUGAAAAAGAACCAGGAAUACAAGAUGAAAGUACAAUCACUAUAGAUGAGCUUCUUGACAUCGUGCACGAAGCAACUACGACCGAUGUUGGACGCGUUGUCGCUCUGUCUUUAUUAGGAAUGAAACGCGAGAAUUCUCAGGAGGAACUUCGCCUCAGCGACGUCCUAAAUACGUUAACUGUAUUACCUAAGAUGACUCAAUCGAAGAAACUGAGUCUAGACGUUGUGGCUGAUCUGCUAAAAGGAAAAAUUGAUCUUGUGACGGAGGGUAAAAACAGCAUUCAGUUGGACAAAGAAGCUAUUUGGAAAAUAAAUCAUGUCAUUCGACCAAUCUCUGCUCAGCGAAAGCGCAGCCACGACGUAGUUAUGGAGUCACCGAUCUACAAAGCUUCUCUCAAAAGAGCUGCCAUAGAUUCUGUCGCAGACAGUUUUGGAUUCCCUGUGGAAGAGGAUGGACUGAGCGCUUGUGAUGUAACACAAGAGCAGUUGUCUGAUAGGUCGGAUAUCGUUGAAAGCGAGCGCAUUGAAAAAAGGGAAAGAGGGGCUUCCGAACAAGUGGAAAUAUCUGAUCUUAUUGGUGCUUUAUUGUCGGUUUCUGAUCGAGAAGAGCGCAAACAGCUCACAAAGACAAUAGUAAUUGGUGUUUUACAGCAACCUUUGGGAACACUGGAUGCGAUGGUUGACCAUGGAAAGACAAAGAUUCAAAAACAAGAGCUGUUUGUGAAGAAGACUAUAAAACAAACUAAGCCAAAAACACAAGCAGCCGAUCGACUAGUCACCAUGCUCCACACACCCCUUCGCAACUGCCUCGCCCCAGGAAUAAGCGGCGAACGGUUGGUUCAUACUGUUGAGUUAAAGCGACCUCGACCAGCAUAUCGCGGUAUUGAAAGAUCUGCGUCACAGAGAGUAGUAGGGGCUCUGCCUGAAAGGCUAAAUUUCGCGACAGUAUCGCAUGAAUGGGGGCAAAGCUCGUACGGUAUUUUAAAAGUCACGUGGACAAACCUCAGUCCUAAAUACGCAAUAAACGAAGAAGCAGAGCCUGGACGACUUCACAUUAAAAAUAUUCACACUCCCGCUAUAAAUGACAAAGACCAUGGCAACGUCAAGAAAGCACAACAUGGAUACCAUAACGUCAAUCGGGCAAACCUCACAAAAAAGUCAACCGUUCCAGCGGUAUUUCGGGAUAGAUUAAAGGAUGCAUCGAUUGCAAUUCCAUAUUUGGGAUUACCUGACGUACACAAUAAGUCAAUCAGUAACAAAGGGACCCCAAGUAAAAGCUUCUGUAUUGACGAUACGUAUCAAAUCCCACCAAUCAAAUCAUCGGAUUUUGCAGAGCAUACGCGACAUCGUGUCCUUCCUUCACUGUCAAACGGAAAUAAACCUUACAGCUACAUUUCCCAUGAUGAAUUGCUGUCGCAUCUCACUGAAGUACAUCUUCCGUCGAUUACAAACGUACAAAAUAAAAGAAAUGAGAUGAAAUAAAA